AUGUUAACCCCACAAUGCACUCGAUUCAGACCGUUGUCAUUCGAAGUGCCCAAACCCUUGUUUCCAGUUGCUGGUGUCCCCAUGCUUCAGCAUCACAUUGAAGCAUGUGUAAAGGUACCCAACUUGAAGGAGAUUUUGCUCAUCGGCUUUUAUCAGCCAAAUGAAGAACUGAACAGAUUUUUGUUUAAUGCACAGCAAGAGUUCAAAAUCUCAAUCAGGUAUUUACAAGAGUAUGCAGCCCUGAGCACUGGAGGGGGCAUCUAUCACUUCAGAGAUCAGAUUGUCUCUGGGAGUCCUGAAGCAUUCUUUGUAAUAAAUGCUGAUGUUUGUUCGGUGUUUCCUCUCACAGAGAUGCUCAGCUUUCAGAAAGAGCAUGGAGAACCCAACAGCUUUGUCAUCCUUGGGACAACGGCAAACAGGAAGCAGUCCUUGAAUUAUGGCUGUAUUGUGGAAAAUGAGAACACAAAUGAGGUCUUGCAUUAUGUGGAAAAGCCAAGCACGUUUGUGAGUGACAUCAUCAACUGCGGUAUAUACCUCUUUAACCCGGAGAUCUUCCAGCACAUCGGCGCCGUCUUUCAGAAGAACCAGCAGGACAUGUUGCUCUUUCCAUAUGAUGGAGAGGAGCCAAGCAACGGCUGGCACCGAGCAGAAGUCAUCCGGCUGGAGCAGGACAUUUUCACUGCCCUGGCAGGACAGGGCAAACUCUAUGUGUACAAAACCCUCGGCUUCUGGAGCCAGAUUAAAUCUGCAGGGUCUGCAAUUUAUGCCAGUCGAUUGUACCUCAAUCAGUACCACACAACUCAUCCUGAACGUCUGGCCUAUAAUAAAGAGGGUGGACCCAAAAUAAGAGGUAAUGUCUAUAUUCACCCCACGGCCAAUAUUGACCCCACUGCUAUGUUGGGCCCCAACGUCUCAAUUGGAACAGGUGUGACAAUUGGAGCUGGGGUCAGAGUUCGAGAAUCAAUCAUUCUUCAUGGUGCAAAUCUACAAGAUCAUUGCUGUGUUUUGAACAGCAUUGUGGGGUGGGAGAGCACCAUUGGCAAAUGGGCCAGAGUGGAAGGAACUCCUAGUGACCCCAAUCCAAAUGAUCCCUUUGCAAAGAUGGACAGCGAGACGCUUUUCAGAGAUGGAAAACUUACACCUUCCAUCACUAUUCUCAGUUGUAACGUGACCAUUCCCUCCGAGGUGAUCAUACUGAACUCCAUUGUGCUUCCACACAAAGACCUGAACCGCGGCUUCAAAAACCAGAUUAUUCUUUAGCUCAUCUUCCUGUUACUUC